AUGUCCUCCCGCCUCAACUAUUCACGGCUGUCUCUCGCCUCAGACAAGUCUCGUCGUCGUAGUGCCCUUGGUUUCAAACGCCGCCGGAGCAUCCGUGGAAUCGCGGCCUAUGAGCUUGUUGCUAACGGAGAUGGGAGAACCGACGUUGAUGGGAAUUUGACAAUCGAUUUGGCCAUCGUGGUCAACGCCGGCGGGGAGAUUGUCGCAGUGAGGAGCGUCGAGUGUGUCGUCGCCGAUGACUGGGGCGGCAUUGUUUUUGCGUCGGCGGGUGGUCGGAAGCGAGGAUAUGACCGACAGUGGGUGUAUUCCGUGCAGAAGGGUUCCUCGAAUUUGCAUAUUUGCAAUCUCCACUUUCUGAAAAGCUCAGAAGACAGAACUCAGAAUCGAGCAUCCCACCUCAAUAGUGUGCUCAAGUUUCUGCUACCAUUUCCAGUUAUGGCGUUUCUGUUUCAGAAAUUUCAAGAGGCAGUCAAGGUGCUUGCGAAAAGUACCACGUUUGCUAGAGAUGGGAGGCAUCUUCAAUUUGAAGCGGAUAUGAACAGACUUUUUCUCUAUACCAGCUACAACCGCUUGGGGAAAAAUGCAGUUGAAGCUGAUGCAGACGAGAUAGUUGACAUUGCUUCCAAGGCAUCUCUAGCUGAGCAGCAAAAGCAAGUUCAAGAAAAUAUUCACGCCCAAAUCAAUACAUUCUGCACUUAUAUGGAUGGUAUUCUUUGUCCAGACUCAAAAAGAAAGAACACAGAUAACCCGUCUUCAGAAAUGAAUAAUGCUCCAAGACGCAGUGGUCUUGGCCUUGCUGUGGGCAGGACUAACCCUUUGGAUGAGAAGUGCGCACGUAUGGUGGACACAAAGCCUCUGAAACGUUUCGAGCUCUCACAGAAACUAAAAGACCUCACUGGAUACACUCUCGAAAUCAAGCCGUCACAAAUCCAACACGAGGACGCGGGCCAGGGUUUGUUCUUGGAUGGUGAAGCUGACGUGGGUUCUGUAAUAGCUAUAUACCCUGGCAUCACAUACUCUCCAGCUUACUAUCGGUAUAUUCCCGGAUACCCAAGAGUUGACCUGAAAAACCCUUAUUUGAUCACGAGAUAUGAUGGGACAGUUAUAAAUGCCCAGCCUUGGGGCACAGGUGGUGAAACUCGUGAAAUGUGGGAUGGUUCGAAUUUUCAAGAACCCAAGUUGAAUGCAGGAAGUGGUGAAAAUGGGUCAGAUCGAGUGUGGAAAUUGCUGAGCAAACCUUUGGAUGGUUCGCGGGUCGGGGUUAGAAGCGUAAUUUUGGAGAGACGGAAUCCGCUGGCUUUCGCGCAUUUCACGAAUCACCCGGCAAAGGGCAUGGAACCGAACGUUAUGGUCUGCCCUUAUGAUUUUCCUUUGAGUGAUAGUAGCAUGAGAGCUUACGUGCCGAAUAUUUCGUUUGGAGAUGGGGAUGGUGCAAAAAUGAGGAAAUUUGGCAGCUUUUGGUUUAAAUCGUGGAAGUCGGGCAACAGCAUGAGUACGGAUGUCCCGGUUUUGAAGAGCCUUGUUCUAGUGGCCACGAGAAGGAUCUGUAAUGAGGAGGUUUUUUUGAAUUAUAGGUUGAGCAACUUGAAACGUAGGCCUUCGUGGUAUAUCCCGGUUGAUGAGGAGGAGGACCGAAGGAGGUGGAGUUAGGUAACAUUCGUAUGAAUUGACUGUCUGAUUAAGCAUGGAGUUCCUUAAUUUUUUUUUUUUUUAAAUGAAAAAUAUUUUGUGCAAUGGCGUUGGACUGAGGCGUAGUGUUUUUUGUUUCCCCUUUAAUUCAAUUUUAUCCCUUCCCUUCCCUGAUUUUGGAUUUCAACAAGUUUGUAACCAGUUUUGGCCUGGGUCUGCAAGAAUAAAGGCAAAAACAAUUUACUACAAGAUUUUGCUAUGAAGAUCUCCUGUUGGAAUUCAUGUUGCAAGGUCAACUUUUAUAUAUUUGUUGAUUAAUGGGAUAAUUUAAUAAAUGAUGGUAUGUUUAUUUAGCCCAAUCUCAGUGGAUGAUGUUCCAACAUCACUUGUUCUCUGUAUCCCGUCGUUGUAAGAUGCUACAACAUAGUUCUGGUAAUUACUAAAGAUAUAUCUUGAGUUCGCAAUAUUGUUUUCUGCAUAAUCUCUAGGAAAGGUACUUUACCAUAUUUACUUUUUGGCUUAACUCCAAGCGGCAGAAGGACUGCUUCGUAGAGUUAUUCAGGCACUGGUUGUCGAGUGGGCAGGUCCUUCAUCUUCUAGGCCCAAAAGGGGUGAAAACAACAAGAAGAAGAAUCCCGUAGGUACGGCAGAGGCAUUGGUGUCUACAUUCACACCGAGAUCGAUUGCAUGGGAGUGACGAUGAAGUCAAAAGGCAGGUGUCACUGGUGCUAACACCCAGGACAUUGGAAGACCAACUGUCAUCUCCUUGUCAUCUCCUCAGGCAGGGCGAUGGAGGUAUAUCUUUCACACUUGUCGUAUAAACAUGUUUAUCGGUGUUAUCAGUACCAGGUGUGUAGAUAGGUGUGUAGAUGAGAGUUACUGAUCAUGUGUGCAAUUCAUUGCAUAAGUUCUAGAAAACCAGACGACUUAAAGAAGGAGAUAUUACCGCCUUCAUGGGCAACUCCACGAAAGCGGUGGUUGUUGAAGUGAGACAUUUAUCUUUAAUUUGAUAGAGAUGUGUUAUAGUUUUUAAAAUUGUAUGUAUGAUCCGUUUAGAAAGAAUUUGGUUUCAAUUUCUAGACUGUAUAUUCUGCUAUUUUUCGUAAUGAAGUUAUUGGCAAAAAUAAAUCGUUUAUGUAUUCU